AUGAAUAAGGUUCCCCAGAGAGUCUCUUCUUUUGGGAUCGGUAAAUUGACUAGCGACAUCCUGUUGAGCAGGGCGCCUGUGGAUAGCAAUGGAACUGGGAAACACAAAGCAGAGAAGCUUAUAUUACGCAGUGCAGGAUCGCAGACAUUGAUAGAUAAUUGGUUGAAGAAUGCUAAAGUGGUAAAUGGCCCUUCUAAGAAUGGCAAAGCCGUGACACUUCACCUUCCUGUUGUCCUGAAAACAUUGCAAAGAUUGAGAUCGACUGAUAAUAGAGCCUCAUAUUUUGCCCUCAUUAGCAAGAUUCAAUCAUCAAGGAUAUCAUGGCUAGAUAUUGCUAAUAAACCGAUAGAUUGCAAUGGAGCUCUACCUGUAGAGUUUUUCAACGAAGUAUCGAGUAUGUUAUACCGGAUUUCGCUGACUUGCGAUGCACAGGAGUUACGACUCCUCUCAAAAUUUACCUUAAACUUAUUGCACAGUUGCAAGAAAUCGAUGAACCAUAGGGCUUCCUUCGAUUUGAAAGUGAGAACCAAACUGUUUAGGAACUGCCUGAUGCCAAUCGCCAGGACGGAGUCCGUUGCAUUGAUCAACGAAGCUCUGGACGCUAUACCUACUGAACAAGGAAAUCUCAAAUAUCUGACAGAGCUGGCCUUUUACUACCAUUCUUCGCAGUUUACGAAGGUCCUUUCUCAAUUGAAUAAAAUAAACCUUGGUAAAAUCACUUUGAGCCCGAACGAAAUUGAUGCUUUCUUCCCACUAUUUUUUGGCAUCAUACAGAGCUUUGUCAUCUAUGGUGAUGAACAAACAUGCGUGUGGCUCAUCACGAAACUCUCGAAAGACUGGGGUUAUCAAAUGGAUCCACACUAUCGCGGCAUGCUGGCAGAGCUUUGCGAAAAAUAUGCCGCAUAUCAAGUUCUAGGUACCCUUGCAGUUUCCAGCCCUCUGUUGCAGUGGAAAGCACUUCAAUCUCAAUUAACGUGGGAAGAGUUUAUGAAGCAUUUGAGGCAUCUGAACAUUGAUUUGUUCAAAGAAAGUCAAGAUCUAGACUUCCUUCAAGAAAAGCUUGCCACAGUUGGACCGAACCUCAAGGCCUGGGAACUAUUUUUGCGUGAUAAGAUACCUGAUGAUGCCAACCCUUCGUUAAAAUCUUUUGCUGUGAACACAAUACUUAUGCAUCUGGCCGCUAACAAAAGGUUACCUUUUGUGCUAUCUAUCCUUGAGCACUUGAUAAAUGAGGUGGGAUAUGCCCAGCAGUUGCUUGACUCGGGAAAACUACUUUCGACUUCAAAAUAUUCUGGUUUCCAUUGUUUAUUCAAGGCUUGCUCGGUCAGAAAUCCUGCUAUCUUUUCAUCCUACACGUUGUUCAAGUUUCUUGAACAAAAUCAGCAAAUACCAUUCAAGUUCACUUCAUUGGAUUUUUACUACAUGAUGCAGGCGUGCCUGGCAGGGGCAGACCACCAUUCGCUUUAUUUUUUCCUCUUUCAAUUUAUCAGAAUGAUGGGGCCAUCAUUUUAUGCUGACAACCAAGGAAAAUCCUCUUGGGCUUUGCCAGUGAGUAUUGAGCAGCUAUUAAGACAUAAGGUUGCUAAAGAAAGAGGUGACGAUAAAGUUAUGCAGAUCGUAAACGAAGUCCGAAAUUGGUUUUUGGAGCAUAGAUCAAAUGCUUUCGAUACUACCAUCGAUUUAGCUUUCCUCAGAGAGGCUUUUGGUGAUAAGUACUUGCCUAGUUUGACAGUCGGAUCGAUGAUAGCCCUUGAGCAAAAGCAUAUCGAUAAGUAUAUGUCCUCCGGUGAUGAGCAAUAUUGCCCGGCUGCUGACUUGCAUGCGAGCCGUAGGUUGAAACGCAUGCUUGCUUCUCUGAUGGAAAAUAUCAACGUAAAGCAAUUUUAG